AUGAAGGUGAUCGGCUUGACAGGGGGUAUAGCUAGCGGGAAGAGCACUGUGUGUCAGGAGCUCAAGUCGCGGUUCGGCUUUCCUGUUAUCGACGCUGACAAGACAGCGCAUGACGUGAUGCGAAAGGACACUCCAGCUUAUUCGCAAGUGGUGAAGGAAUUCGGGCCUUCGGUCCUGACGUCAGAAGGGGAGAUAGAUCGUGACAAGCUGGGGGAGAUAGUGUUUGUCAACGCUAACAAAAGGAGGAAACUGAACAGCAUUAUGCACCCCCACAUUGCCUACGCAAUUGCACGACAGCUCUUCUCCCAUUGGUGGGCCAAUCACCCACUGGUCAUUCUAGAUGCUCCUCUGCUCUACGAGACCGGUGAGUUCUGA